AGUAGGAAAAGAUUAAAAAACUAGAUAUAAAAAUAUAUAUGUUAAUAAAUUAUAUAGCGACAAAAGCUACAUCAGUAAAAGUUGAAUGAGAUACUGAAAAAAAAAAUUAAUUUUUCUUCUUAAAAAAAUAAAAAGAAUUGAAUUCUCUUUUUAUUUUAAUUAAUUAAUUUGUUAUAUAUCUUAUAAUUUAACUAAAAAUAAGAUUUAAUUUCUAUCCGAUAAACACUCUGAAAGCCAGCACUGAAAAUUUAUAUAUAAUUCACGCUACGUAUAUCAUAGAUUUCUUAUACUGGAAAUAUAUAUUGAGAAACAUAUAUAGUUUUAAUAUUUUCUUUAUCCUGUUUUUGACUUUUCAAUGUUCAAUUAUAUUUGUGAAAUUAGUUUAUUUUAUGUAUUCGAAUACACGCAUUUACCCGCGACUACUUCCACACAAUACACAUGUAUCUGUCAAAAGAUAGUUUGACGUUUGACGUUUGACCCAUCGUCGAUUCAGCUUGAUCUAGCCUGACCUGUCCAGCCCGUUGCACGCAAGCGCGCUAUGCCGGGCAAUGUCAAAUCAACUGCAAUUGAGUGUGUCUUCUUUCUAAUUAUUUAUUCGACUCAGAAUUGCACCUUAUCAAGAACACAAGAUACAUCUCGAUCAUGAUGCCGACUGCUGGAAACGCGCCAUGCGAGCGACAUAAUCGUACUCACUGAUGCGAUUAUCUUGUCCUCCUUGUGUCAUAUUUACGCUGAUUUACAGUGACAUGCACGAUUGCGGGAAUGUCAAUGAAUGAUGCACCUGCGGCUUCGUUCGCCCGAAGCUUCGUGGAGGAGUAUUCGAAAAAUUGUCGCUUUCUCGUGGAAUUCACUGAGGGUCAUAUUUUAUUAAUAUUUAUGUGCAUGCCAUACUUUUGAUAGAUACUUUGCAAACAUCGAUACGAAUGGUCAGUUAUGACGCUUACAUGUAAUUGUCAACGAAGCGAAAACAUUUCAACGAAAGUAUAAGAAUACAAUUAUAAUAAAUGCUGUGUUAUGCUACAUAAGAAACGAUAAAAAGUACAAGACGCAAAUAUGGUACGCGUGAUAACAGUACACAAUUUCCUAGGGCAAAAUGUCACCCAAAUUGAGGAACCUACGGCAACAUGCACGGCUAUCAGUCAGAGACGAGAGAUGCUCCUGCUGGCGCUGUCCACGCAUUGUGUAGAAGUAUGGGAGCUGAUGAAUUCGGAUGUCAAACUGCGUACUGCUUUCCCUACAGUAGACAUGAUCAAUCAAAUGGUACAUUGUGCUAAGGGAGACUAUGUCGUGACACUGGAAUCAAAAUAUCUCAGAGACACUGUGAGCAAUAAUCAUGCGAAUAGAGUCACUUCUAAUUUUGUAAGAAUUUAUGUGAAUUGGGCUGUGGUGAAGGAUCAGAGUCAACCAAUGCGAGCCAGGAUUGCCGGACGUGUUACCCCGAGUUUGAAUCGACCCUUGAAUAGUUUGGAGAUGAUAGAGCUACCUCUAAAUAUACAACCUACAUUGAUUGCCUGCUGUCAGAGCACUGGUAACUUAUUAGUAGCCUCAGGAAACAGUGCUAUUUUACACGAGUUCAAAAUUGAAACGCAACAAGUAUCAAAAAUGAAAUUCAUAGAUUUUGAGCCUAGACCAUGGUCCUUGGGAUUUUCGUUCGCACCAACACACAUGGAAAUUGUGGAAGAUUUUAUAGCAAUUAUGGAUAAUAUAAAUUUGUCCGUUUUUCGCCUCACAAAUUCAAUGUACGAAGAUAUUGAUCAACUUAGCUCUUUAGCUUCCACAAAUUCUUCAUCCGUUGAUAAGACAUCCAUAUCCACAGACUCAUCUUUGGUAGAAAAUAGUAAUAGCCUUGGAAAUGAAGAUAUGUCAUUGCAAGGAACAAAUACAAAGCACAAGUCUAUAGAUCAAGAUUACCAACAUACAUCUGAAAAUAAUGAGGUGGUAACUAAUGUAAAAUCUAAAGAUAAAAAGCACAAAGGCACAAAAGGAAAUACAUGGUAUAAAUUAGAAAUUGCCGAUUUCAAUAGAACAAAGCCAAGUAAUAAUAAGAAUUACAUAGACUGGGAACACUUGGUAUGCAAUGAGAAAGAUGAGAUGCACAGACUUAUUACACAUGGGAUUAUUGAUCCCACUUCGCAACCAUUCACAGUCAAUUUGCCAUUAAUAAAUUCAGAAAGGGCUGGACCGGGUCACGCUCUCAGUCCCUUUGUUCUAAAUUCAGCAGACAUUAGAAUCUUCAUCAAAACAACCUCACCUGACAUAGGUUGGUCUGAAAAUUACACAAUAAAAAAUUUGUUAUGUCUGAAAAUCAACGGUGGCAAUAAUAAUGUUAAAGUAGACGGAAUUCUAGAUAUCUUUAGAUGUCUGGUAUUGAAACCAUUAUACAUGAAGAGAGAAUGUAACAUUACUGGCGUGAAAAAAUCCAUGUUGAAAUCUAACAAGUAUAGAUAUUUACAGGGUGUGAGUUGCUUCGUUUGCACUACACAAGAGGGAUACUUGUAUCACUUUUCGGCGGCAAGUAAUAAUUCCCUUGAUGCGACGUGCCUGACCACUUAUCCAUUCACUGCACCUGUUCAUCAUGUAGCAUUGGAGCAUACAAUACUUCAUGCAUUAACCGAGGCUGGUCUCGAAUCCUACACAUUACGUCUUUCUCAUCAUAUUGCAAAACUUUCAAAUUGCAUGGAUGGCGUUAGAGUAACUUGUCCCAGUGUUACUGAACCGGUAAGUCUAAUCGGUUUGAGACCGUUCUUAGGGAUACAAAAAUUAUUGCACACAAGAACUUACAUAGUGUUGUUGGCUAAAGCUGAUAGUUCUUGGACGAUGUACUCUCUAAAUUUACCUAAACUCGAAAAUGUAUAUUUCGACAUCUUGAAUGCGGCAAAGAAUCAUAAAUCUUCUAGUCCAAGUACCUAUCGACAUUUGCUAGGAGAAGCACAUACUUUGAUACGCUUGACGAAAGAUGUAUCUUACAACGACCUGAAUAACGAAGAAUUCGAUGAUGCAGCGCAUAAAAAUGAUCUUAAAUUGAAAAAUCUUUAUAAUCAAUCUUGUGCAUUGCUUGCGGAUUACUAUAUACAAUCAGAGAUUGAAUCGGAUUGGGAUUUGUGUAUUCCCUACUAUAAGAUGUCUGGAUUAAAGCCUUCGGAAGUAUUAUCUAGAAAAUGCAGUCAGGAUGCACCGGGACUUUUAACGUUCUUGAUGGAAGCGCUUUUCACAAUGAAAAGCGGAUCUGAGGCGGACGCACUUUUCCAAGGGUAUAAUAUUAUAGAGAUCAUUUGUAAAUUGGAGAAAGAAGAUCUAUUGAAACUGAUCUUUGGUAGUCCUGUACUGAGAGAGUACGCUACUGAGAAAUUAAUAAACCUUUUGCUGACACACGAGACCGAUGAUACUGUCAAACUUGCCCUGGCACUCUUAUACAUCCAAGCCGACAAACAAGAACAAGCGGAGAAAGUACUGGAACCAGUUUCCGUGCAAUGUAUUAAACAGAUUAUCUUGACGCGCUGGGAAUUGUUGUUCGAUAUAACGGCAAUGAAAAAGAGGAAUCCUAUGAUCCCCACUUUCUCGGAUUUUGCCGGUACCUUGAUGCUUAUAAAGAAUAACACUUUCGCAGAUAUUCUCAUACAGAUAAUAGAAGACGAGGGUGCAUUGUCGUUGCAUCAAAUCAUACAGGUUUUCCUGGAGUAUUUACCGUCACGAGUUGGAAGAGACGGACACAAUGCGGCCGCUACGUUGCAAGUUUUUCUUGAGAAAUAUCUACACGAUUAUUUCAGCUCGAAGGCCAUGAUCGAGUGGCCGUUGGUCGUAAAUAAAAAUCAGAUACGCUCAGACUUUGCUCUCGUCGAAGCGUUCAAAUUGUUAGUGCGAUCGUAUUUAGGUAAAUUAACUCAAACGAAAGUGUAUAAAACUGAUACUCAAGAUGAUGAGGGGAAGAACGACAAGGAGUACUUCAUGUUCGCCAAAUAUCGACCCAACUAUUUGAAUAAAAUGCCACCAUAUGCUAAAGAUUAUCAGAAAAUUUUAAACAUGAACGAUUUUAAAGAUUUAACGAAUUUUAAUAAUACAUCAGAAAACGAAAAGAUUAUACCCAAAGAAUUGUUUAAGCUGCAAUCUAUAUUAUCAUGUGAAUUUUUACCGAUUGAAUGUUUGCACGAAGUCAAGCAAUUCCUUGAAACACAAAACAUUGAUGGAAACUUAUCUCUCAAGACUUUAUGCAUUCAGAAUACAGAAGAAGUAACGACAAUUCUGAUGGAUAAUUGUCCACAAGCUGUAGUACAGUAUGCAAAGGAUAAAUAUACAAAGGACACCGAAUGGAAAUAUCUUAUCAAAUUAACACAGGAUAAAAUUACCGCUUCAAUGAUGCAACAGGAAUUACAGCUUUUGUACACACAGAUCAUGAAGGAGAUUUUGAAUUAUCUGCCGCAUACAUUACCUAUGAAAAGUCUUCAUCGUGUCUUACCAAAAGAUGACAUGGCGACGUUUCAACGCUGCACUGAAAUGUGCAAUCAAAUAAUGCAUGCGGAUCACGUAAAAUCGUUGAUAAUGGAAACCGGGCAACAACUUUUGACAACUCUAAAGUUGUGAAGAUAGGAACAUAUGUUCCUGAUCAAUGCAGUCACAUAAGCUAAUGUUCGUUAGUUAAUAGUUGUGCUGAUGCACUCAUUUUUAAUGAUGGAUAAUCAUCAUCAAUUAUAAGAAGAAAAACUCAAAGACAAAUACUAGAACCAAAAUUC